CUAUAGAAAAGGAAAUUCAAGGAAUACCAGUUCAAGGACAGUAUUUUAAAACAGUAGCAUAUGCGGAUGACUUAACAAUAGGAAUAGGAUCUCUCUCAGACUGGGACCGAGUACUAGACCUAUUUCAUAUAUACGAAAAUGCUUCAAAUGCCAAAAUCAAUGAAAGCAAAACAAAACUAGUACCCCUUACGGUCAUGGCCAGAAGAGUCGAGCUUACAAAAGAGAACCAAUUCACAAAAGUAGCAGAGCAAGAAGCAAUCACAAUACUAGGUUAUGAAAUAUAUUCAGACGGAACACCCAAAAAAGACUUAUGGACUACAGUCGUCACAAAGAUCAAGAGUCUUACAGAGAAGUUCUCCCAAAGAAACCUCUCCUUUAGAGAAAAAAUCCUAGUAGCAAACUCACUUAUACUGGCACGCAUAUGGUAUGCAGCAUACCUAUUGCCUCCAAGUAGAAAACAAGUAGCAGAAAUUAAUAGACUAGUUACUAUAUGGAUAAAGAAUAACUCCAGAAUGCUUCCUAGAUAUUCAACCUUUCAACUUCCCUAUAAACAUGGAGGGCUUCAAGCCCCAAUAGUUAGCAAUAUGCUUGAUGCAAGGAUGCUAACUGUGUGGAGCAGACUAACAACCGGAGACUGCCUAUGGGCGAAAAUUGAACGAAACAGAAUUUCCUUCUCUCUAAAACAAAAAAGAGACAUUACUGUAUUGCAAGCUCUGACGUCAACCCCAAUCAAGUCUAAAGCCUGGCCAACAGAAUGGAAACCAUAUCUAGCGGCAUGGAAAAAGAUUCAAGGGAAAAUUAAAGCUAACUACAACUGGCCCUGGAAAAUAGAAGACCUUAAAGUUGAUGAAAAACAAAACUUAGACCUUACGGUUAAAAACCUAAUGGGAAUCUUAAGGGAACGAACAGUUGCUCCAAUAAACACUAUUCUCUCAGCAGAAAGCAAGAUGGAUUGGUCAUUUAUAAAAGCAGUCAACAACAAGAAAAAGGAUAUAUUAUGGC